UUUAGUUAAUAAUUUAAUGUGUUACUUCUGUUUUUCCUUUUGUGGUGUGGAAUCUUACUUUUGCUUCUCUAUUAAGCAAGCAACAAUAGUGUGUGGCAACAGAAAGUUUUGGCUUGUCUCUUUCUUUUGCAUCAUGCCUUGCUAGGUUGAAGGAUAGUUUGUUUUAGUAAUACAUGGAAGUCUCUCUAUUAUUUUUCAUUAUCUAUCCAUGAGAGGGCAUUUGUGAAUGGGAUCGAGUGUGAUUAGAAAACUUUAGCAAUUAUGUAUGAUGGGUGCUUGCUUGUAGAGAUGAAAACUUGUGCAGAAGGGCCUCUUCUUUCUCUCUUGUGGUGUUAUAGAAAUUACUUUGAAGCAUUCUUGGGACUGAUUAUGGAAAAGUUGAAUAAGUACAGAGAAUUUUUCCUUAGCAGAGGUUUUCUUGGAUGCUGUACCAAGCCACCGCUUGUAAUUUCUGUGGAUGAGCCAUCUAAGGGGCUCAAGAUUCAAGGCCAGCGCGUGAAGAAACAUAGUUUAACAGAGGACUUUUGGAGCCCCAGUUCGCUUGAUAUGGAUAAUAGUGCCUUUCCAUCUUAUAGAAGUGUCUCGUCAAUCAGCACUUCAAACCAAACACUUGAUACUAAUAGUAGCACCGGCGGCACAAGCAGCUCCUCCGAAUUCGUAAAUCAUGGGCUUCUUCUGUGGAACCAAACAAGACAGCAGUGGGUAGGAAACAAAGGACCCCAGGAACCAGGACAAGCGCAAGAGCCUAAAUUGAGUUUCAACGCCACGUAUGAGAGUUUGCUGGGGACCAACAAGCCAUUCCCCCAACCCAUCCCAUUGCCGGAAAUGGUUGAUUUCCUAGUUGACGUUUGGGAGCAAGAAGGGCUUUAUGAUUGAUGACUAGUGCCAAUUGAGAUGUAUAUAAAUAUGUGUGUGUGUGUGUGUGUUAUCCAAAGCUAUAAAACAUAGUACUAAGUUGUUUCCUCUUUGGUCUAUAAAGCUCCCAACUUUGACAUAAGUUGUAAUUAGCUUGUUUUCUUUUCCCAUGUUAUUCAUAUUCACUUUAAAACACCA